GGGUUCCCUCUUCAUCCCGCGAUACGAUACGAAUCCAAUCCAACCAAAAAAUUAAACAUAAAAAAGCUCCUCUCUUUCUUUCCCCUUUCCUUGUUUUCUCGUUUUCCUUUGUCCAUUUUCAGAUUGUUUGUUUGGUUGUUUUGUUUGCUUCCUUCCUUGGCUUCAACCAACACCCCUCGCCAUUUGGGAUCUAAACACAUUACCCCCAUUCUCCUUUUUGCCCCCUUUCCCCCCUUUCUCUUGAAUGCUUCAGAAGAACAACAAGCUGGGAAGGAUUUGCUCUUUUCACUCCGACUCAGAUUGCCUCACUUGGAAGUUUUCUUUCAAAUUUCAUUUUCUGGCUUCUCUUUUGACUUUCAAGUAAGUAAACCCCAAGAUGCUGAAUCUGAGGGUUUUUCGUUUGGUUAUCGCAUUCCUACUCUGACCUUCUUCCCCUGUUCGGUUCAGUUCAGUUGCUUUCUUCUUUUCAAUCAAGGAAGCUGUAUUAUUGGUUACGAACAAAAACUGGGUUCAGAGGUGAGACUCUGAGACUGAUCUUAAGGGUUUACAUUUGGGGGAAAACGCAGUCAUUCGAAUGAAAGAAGCAGAGAAAAAUUUAGAUCCUCAACUAUGGCAUGCCUGUGCCGGAGGUAUGGUCCAGAUGCCGGCGAUUAACUCCAAGGUUUUCUACUUCCCUCAGGGUCACGCCGAGCAUGCUCAGGCCACCGUCGAUUUCACCUCUUCACUCAGAAUCCCGCCUCUUAUUCCUUGUCGAGUGCUCGCCGUUAAGUUCUUGGCUGACCAUGAAACGGAUGAGGUUUUUGCGAAUAUAAGAAUGGUUCCCCUGCCGAACAACGACAUCAAUUUCGAAGACGAGGGUGGGUUUGGGAGUAAUGGGUCUGAGAAUAAUAUGGAGAAACCGGCUUCCUUUGCCAAGACGUUGACUCAAUCUGAUGCCAAUAACGGCGGUGGGUUUUCCGUUCCGAGGUACUGUGCGGAGACUAUUUUUCCGCGGCUGGAUUACACGGCGGAUCCGCCGGUUCAGACGGUAAUUGCCAAGGAUGUUCACGGCGAGGUUUGGAAGUUCCGCCAUAUUUACAGAGGGACGCCUCGCCGGCAUUUGUUGACUACUGGGUGGAGUACUUUUGUGAAUCAGAAGAAGCUCGUCGCUGGCGAUUCGAUUGUUUUUCUAAGAUCCAAAAAUGGCGACCUUUGUGUUGGAAUCCGGCGAGCCAAACGGGCAAUUGGGUGUGCCGCCGAUCACCCGUACGGAUGGAAUCCCGGCGGUGGAAAUUGCAUCCCACCUUACGGUGGAUUGACGAUGUUUUUGAGAGAUGAUGACAAUAAGUUGAGUAGAAAAGGGUCUUUGAGUUCCAGUGGUGGUGGUGGGAAUUUGAGGGGAAAAGGUAAAGUGAGGCCGGAAUCAGUGAUGGAAGCGGCGGCGCUUGCGGCGAGCGGGCAGCCGUUUGAGGUGGUUUAUUACCCACGUGCCAGCACGCCGGAGUUCUGUGUUAAGGCCUCAUCGGUGCGAGCCGCCAUGAGGAUCCAAUGGUGUUCUGGUAUGAGGUUCAAGAUGCCAUUUGAGACAGAGGAUUCUUCUCGGAUUAGUUGGUUUAUGGGCACCAUUUCUUCUGUUCAAGUUGCUGAUCCUAUCCGUUGGCCUAAUUCUCCAUGGCGGCUUCUUCAGGUGACAUGGGAUGAACCAGAUUUGCUACAGAAUGUGAAGCGUGUUAGCCCAUGGUUAGUUGAACUGGUAUCAAACAUGCCCGUCAUUCAACUAUCACCAUUUUCUCCACCGAGAAAGAAAUUUCGACUACCACAACACCCAGACUUUCCCCUCGACGGCCAAUUCCCACUGUCUUCGUUUUCGAGCAAUACCCUUAGGCCAAGCAGUCCCAUGUGUUGUUUAUCUGAUAACACUUCUGUAGGCAUACAGGGAGCCAGGCAUACUCAAUUUGGAAUAUCUUUAUCAGAUUUCCAUCUCAACAACAAACUGCAAUUAGGGCUGGUUCCAUCCAGUUUUCAGCAGCUUGAUUUUCACUCUAGGAUUUCCAAUAGAUCAGUAACAGACCACAGAGAUAGCAGCAGUCAGAACUCAUCAGCGUUGCUAAACGGGGAAAAGACUGGUCCAAAGUUGGAAAGAUCCGAUUCGGUGAAGAAGCAUCAGUUUUUACUCUUUGGUCAACCUAUACUCACUGAACAGCAAAUCACUUGCAGCUCUUCCGGCGACAUUCGUUCACCUCGGACAGAGAAAAGCUCCUUGGAUAUGAAUUUGGAGAGAGUGAAGUUUCUUUCUAAUAACUCAGGAUCCACUACCAAGCAGCAAAUUUCUCCAAACAAGUCAUCAGGAGUAGGAUUUCCAUGGUACCAGGGUUAUCAAGCCACUGAACUCGGCCUAGACACCGGUCACUGCAAGGUAUUUAUGGAGUCAGAAGAUGUGGGCCGGACACUCAACCUUUCAGUCAUUGGCUCAUAUGAAGAACUAUACAGGAGGCUUGCGAAUAUGUUCGGUAUGGAAAAACCAGACAUUCUAAUUAGCCAUGUACUGUACCAAGAUGCAACAGGUGCUGUGAAACAAGCUGGUGAUAAACCAUUCAGUGAUUUCAUCAAAACAGCUAGAAGACUGACGAUACUAACGGACUCGGGUUCUGACAAGCUGGGAAGGACAUUGAUGGAUGGAAUGAGAAGUGGUGAAAAUGGAUUGGAUGCUUCAAACAGGACUGGCCCUUUGAGCAUAUUUGCCUAGCGCCUACCUUUCCUGAUUAUAGGGGGAAUGAAUCCAACAAAUGUAUCUGCUCCAGAAUUCUGCUUGUUUACUGGGAAAAUAGACUCUUGAGAUCUUCAAUCAUUUUAUUAAUCAUGUUUUUGUCUUACUAUGCAUCAUCAUCAAAUGCAACUGUCUAUAAUAUAUCUAACUGGAUCUUGUUUGAUGCCUAAUGUUAUUCAUAUUUUCCUUUUUA